UCCGCUGAGUGGCUCUUUCUGUUGUUGAGUCACCGGGGGAGACAACCGUUACUCAGCUGAGAAAAGCCGACACUCUCGUUAGAAGCUGCGCCUCUACUCCUCCAGUUUUCUUCUCUCGGCCUUACAGUCGUUACAUUAUCCAGAUAUUCUUCUCAACGGGAUUGAAAUGUUACAUUUUCGGUCAACGGUAGCGCUCAAGGAGUUAUUUCAAACGCAGCUGAAGCGUCCAUUGACAGGUAGAGUUGGUGUUAAAGCGACACCUGCAACCGCCGCCUGCUUCAGCACCCGUAGUUUGGAUGGGAGGUCGCCGGGCAGACGGAGUGCAUUUCCCCCGCAGCACUUCGCAAGAAGACACGGCGUUAGAAGCUUUUGCUCCAAGAGUGAUAGCCACAAUGAAACCGCCAAGGACUCGACAGAGAAGAGAAGGAAGGCAGGCAUCCUGCCCAGCCUGGAGGACCUGCUGUUCUACACCAUCGCAGAGGGCCAGGAAAAAAUCCCAGCGCACAAAUUCACAACGGCUCUCAAAGCCACGGGGCUUCGUACGGGAGACCCUCGGCUGAAAGAAUGCAUGGAGAUGCUGAAGGUUACGGUUAAGACGACGUCUGACGGAGCACUGGACCGACACCUCUUCAAAAAGUGUGUCCAGAGCAACAUUGUUCUGCUCACCCAGGCGUUCAGGAAGAAGUUUGUCAUCCCAGACUUCCAGUCCUUCUGCGCCCACAUGGACGAGCUCUAUGUCAAAGCCAAAAACAUGUCCGGAGGGCAGGUGGCCGACUACAUUCCCCAGCUGGCCCGCUUCAGCCCAGACCUGUGGGCCGUCGCUCUGUGCACCGUCGACGGACAGAGGCACACUGUCGGCGACACCAAGGUUCCUUUCUGUCUGCAGUCUUGUGUGAAGCCGCUGAAAUACGCCAUCGCCGUGCACGACCAUGGCACGGAGUACGUGCACCGCUUCAUCGGCAAAGAGCCCAGCGGCCUGCGCUUCAACAAGCUCUUCCUGAAUGAGGAAGAUAAACCACACAACCCCAUGGUUAAUGCCGGCGCUAUUGUCUGUACCUCCCUCAUCAAGCAAGGGGCAAGCAACGCUGAGAAAUUUGACUAUGUCAUGAACUUCAUGAACAAACUGGCAGGAAACGAGUACGUGGGCUUCAGCAACGCCACUUUCCAGUCGGAGCGCGAGUCUGGAGACAGAAACUUUGCCAUCGGCUACUACCUGAAGGAGAAGAAGUGUUUUCCAGAGGGGACAGACAUGACGUCCAUCCUCGACUUCUACUUCCAGUUGUGUUCCAUCGAGGUGACCUGCGAGAGCGCCAGCGUCAUGGCGGCGACUCUGGCCAACGGCGGCUUCUGUCCAAUCACAGGAGAGCGCGUGCUGAGCCCAGAGUCGGUGCGAGACACUCUGAGUCUGAUGCAUUCCUGCGGCAUGUACGACUUCUCCGGGCAGUUCGCUUUCCACGUCGGUCUGCCGGCUAAAUCGGGCGUCGCCGGUGGCAUUCUGCUGGUUGUUCCAAACGUGAUGGGCAUCAUGUGUUGGUCUCCACCGCUCGACAAGCUGGGCAACAGCGUCAGAGGCAUCCAGUUCUGCACGGACCUGGUUUCCCUCUGUAACUUCCACAACUACGAUAACCUGAGACACUUUGCUAAGAAACUGGAUCCUCGCAGGGAGGGGGGAGACCAGAGGGUGAAGUCUGUGAUCAAUCUGCUGUUUGCUGCCUACACCGGAGACGUCUCCGCCCUGAGGAGGUUUGCGUUAUCCUCCAUGGACAUGGAGCAGAGGGACUACGACUCCAGGACGGCCCUGCACGUGGCAGCUGCUGAAGGACAUGCUGAGGUAGUUCGCUUCCUGCUGGAGGCCUGCAAAGUCAACCCAGUUCCCAAAGACAGGUGGGGGAACACACCGAUGGAUGAAGCAGUCCACUUUGGCCACCACGAUGUGGUGACCAUCCUCCGCGAUUACCACACUCAGUACAGCCCUCAGGAAAGCACCGGCGACGACAAGACCAACGCGGAGAAGAACCUGGACGGCAUGCUCUGAUGGAAAACGCCCUGAGAAAAGAAGCUGGAUGGUCAACACAUUCUCACUCCCAUCGCGUCAAAAAAUGCGACGCUUGGUCAGGUGCCUUUGGCGUAAGUUACUUACUAAAAAAGUCUCCUUUGGCGUCACUAUUUGACGCUCUGGGUCGGGACCUUUGGCUUCACGUUUUUGACGCUCUGGGUCGGGACCUUUGGUGUAAAUCUUUUACGCUCUGGGUCGGGACCUUUGGUGUAAAUUUUUGAUGCUCUGGGUGAAAGUCCUGUGUUGCCAACCAUCCUCCUUACGCAGAUUUUCAGUCGUUCAUACUUCCCUCUACCGUUGUCUCUCUUAAUACUACGUCAUCUCUCUGCCCGAUGCGUUCCGUACAGACGCU